UCGGCAAGUCGCAGCGCAGCCUGCGAAGAAGUUUAUAAGGCAUGCCGCAUCGGAGUACAGGACAAGAACAUUUUGAGCAGUGAUUACGCCUUCGUGUAUCGACACAGAUUUUUCUCUUUUAGAGUACUUUCCUCGAACUCGAACUCGAACUCGACCUCUCCGGCGAAAUCCCGUCUAGAUUCUCCUUUUUGUCUGUCUAUGUAGUACACAACGUGGUGCUAUUCGUACGGCGUCACACUCUACCCCUCAGUAUCUCUCUUGUAUCUCCUCUCAUGGCUUCCGAGGAACAGAUGUCCGCAAUCAAGGCCGCAAAAGUGCUCAUGGUUGGUGCCGGUGGCAUUGGCUGUGAGCUUCUAAAAACCCUUGCUCUCUCUGGCUUUCAGAACAUUCACAUCGUUGACAUGGACACAAUAGAAGUAAGCAACUUAAACAGACAGUUUUUGUUCCGGCAGUCUCAUGUCGGGCAAUCUAAAGCCAAAGUUGCUAGGGAAGCUGUCUUAAAAUUUAGGCCUGGAAUAAAAAUUGAACCUUACCAUGCAAAUGUUAAAGAUCCCAACUUCGGUGUCGAUUUCUUCAAGGAAUUCAAUGUUGUUCUAAAUGGGCUUGACAAUUUAGAUGCUAGGCGACAUGUGAACCGCCUUUGCUUGGCAGCUGGCGUUCCAUUGGUUGAGAGUGGGAUAACUGGAUUCCUUGGACAGGCUGCUGUGCUGGUUCUGGUUUCAAACUACUCAGUAGCUAAAUGACUGAAGGGAUUGUUAGAGGGGGCAAUGGAAGGCGAAAUCACAGCCUGCGAAUUUGGCGCUGCAAACGACUUGUUUUCUUCGUUGGUUUCCCCAUUGCAGAUGCCUCUUGCAGCUGCAAUGCAUAUUCAAGAUUCCAAAACACAUCUCCCAUGGUAGGCCUAUCGGCCCCGUAUUCUGCCAAGCAUUUCUCUGCAGCUUCUGCAAAUUUCCUCAUCGAUUCCGGGUUUAUUUGCCCCACAAGCGUGGGAUCAAUUGCCCACUCCACCAAGUUCAUCUGAUCCCUCGGUAGCUGAAGAUUAAUGGCUUGCCGGGCACAUAAUACUUCAAGAAGUACUACUCCGAAUGAAUAGACAUUUGAUUUAUCAGUUAAUUGUUGCUUUUUGAAGUACUCUGGAUCAAGGUACUCGAAACUGCCUUUCACGGAGGUGCUCACGUGAUUCUGUUCCGGCGCGGUAGAUGCGUUUUUGGACAGCCCGAAAUCCACCAUUUUCGCAACGAACUUUUCGUCGAGCAAGAUGUUGGUGCUCUUCACGUCCUGGUGGAUUAUCCCUACGCCGCGCCUGUAUGCAGGUAAUGUAGUCCCCUGGCGGCUCUGAUGCAGAUUUCCAGGCGUUGUUUCCAUGAAAGGGAGGGUAAAUUCUUGCCGUAAAGAUGGUCCCGUAAGGGGCCAUUGGACAUGUAUUCAUAAACCAGACACAUCUCAUUGUUCUCGUCGCAGUAUCCAAUUAGGGAUACUAAAUGCCGGUGCCGGAGUUUGGAUAACAUAUGAAUUUCCGUCUGGAAUUCGUGGAAGCCUUGUUUCAAUUGCGGAUUUCCCCGUUUCACGGCGAUUUUGGUUUUCUCGUCCACUAAUCUCAAAUACACGCUCCCGAACCCUCCGAUUCCGAUGAUUUUCGUUGUCUCCGAAUUGUUCGUCGCCUCCUGCAAUUCCAAGAACGAGAAAUACCUGCCGAAUUCGGUCGUUGAUGAGAAGAACAAGCUCUGCCGCGAUCCUAAUGGAGUUCUGUUAGGGUUCGUGAAAGUUGCGUCUUUGGCGUGGACGGGAAGCAACCACGACGAGAAACUGCUCCUCCUCCGCCAGUCCUGCGGCCGCUUCCGCCACUUUACCGCCAUCGCGCCUAACCCUACGAACGAACCAAACAUCAUCGCGAAGCCUACGGCCGCAACCGUUUGACGGUCUCCGUUCGUCCUAUCCGACGCUCUUGUCCCGUCCACGCCGAAUUCUCCGUCCAAACUCCCCACGGAAUCAUUCAUCUUAAGCACUUCCACCCCAUUAAGAAUCGCAUUUCUCGUCCCCUGAGCUUCAUCAUCCACGGGAGAAAUUUUAAUCUCCAGCGGACUGGAAACCAUGGUGGAAUUCACCACAAUAUCUUUGUAGUACGCCGUCGCCAAUAGCCUUGUCAACGUCGAUAAAUCCAGCCCCGAAAUUGCUAUCUUGUCGUUGAUAUACACGUUGAAAUAUAGCUCAUUCAGCGACUUGCUAACGAUAUCGCAGAAAUGGAGACGAAUAAGAUACCAGAAAUGAACAGUAACGUCCAUUCUCCAAGUGAUGUUAAAAUUAGGUUUCACCGAUUUGGAAUCUGCGAGUUCUAGCGCCGAUGCAUAAACCAACGGUGGAGCAAUGAGCGACGAGCCUCCCACUUCCGGAUAGGAGAUGAUCGCCGGCGAAACCGCGACAUUCUUUCCCAUUUGCAUAGGGUCAAGGUAUGGAGUGUCGGGGUGCCAUAUUCUCUGUAAGGAGUUUUGGUCGGUUAGAAUUUCAGGGCCGCCCACGUUAAGGCGGUAGACGGUCUGAAAGCUGUGAGUUGAGAGCUCGAAUUUCUGUGAAACGGGGAAAAGAAGGGUGGCGUAUUCACCGAUGAGCGGAUUGGGGGCGGAGACGAAUUCAAUGGCAUUAACGAAUGCAACGGUGCCUUUCGGCUUGAACUUCAACGGGAAAUGCUCCGUCGUGACAUUGACAAGAAACUCCUUCAUUAUCACACUCGUGUUGUUCUGAAGCUCGAAUUGGUGAAGAAGAACUAACUUGUUUGAAUUGGCAUGCAACUUGAUUUUUUUUUUUUUUUAGUAAAAAAGAAGGAAUAAUUGAUAUGAAGAAGCUAGGAAGGAGCCAUUAUUGCAUCCCGGCCAGGAUAAGACAGUGGUUACGUUUUAGCACUUUGACUUGAUUUUCGAUCACUUCUUUUAUAAUAAAGCUAAUAAGAAGCAGCGCAUGCAUGCAUGAAUUGAGGCUAAGCUAUCCUAGCAAGCAAGCUUGAUUAGAUAAAAAAAAAAUGAUGAUCGUCACGUCACUACUUAGCUUCUUCUCGAGUGCCUUCGUUUCUUCUUUCCCUUUCAUUACUACUAGAGAUGCAAGAAGCGUUAGAAAGCAGUGCACGCAGAGGGAAGAGACCUCCUCUCCUUCCGUGGAAGCUAAAGAAACCUUGUCAUUCUUGAUUCAUGGUCCCCUUCCAACCUCAAAAUUAAAACUUGUAUGUGUAACAACUAGACAUGCAAUACUACUACUACUACUGCGUACUGUAACUACAUAUGUUACCCAGAUAAACAUGAGAGAUUAUUCUACGUACUCUAGUAAUUGGACUAUUAUUAAGUUGUUAGGUUAUAUUGGAUGGGAUAUUAGAGCCUUGGUGGUCGGUGCUGCGAAAA